AUGGAGAACUCAGGAAUACUGAUAGGACUGAUGAUAGUUGGGCUCUUUACGGUCAUUUCGAGUGGAGAAGUUUCCCAGGAACUAUCUUCAGAUAGUACACAACUGUCCCAACAGGAUGUUCAGACAGAUUUUUUUGAUGCUAUGGGAGCACUUUUGGGACGAUACGCACCAUCAACAGAAAAACGUGGCAUUCCACAGUGUGCUGUGGGGUCUCGCUGUGCAAUGAGAAUGGGUGCACGCUUUGGGAAACUUUGUGAAUGUGGCGGAAGAUCUAACUGUAACUCAUUUCUCCUGAAAUGCAUCUGAAUCACUAUAUGUAAGGAGCGG